AUGGUCAAUCUUACAAAAGUACAGUUCACUGCCCUUCAAAGUUCGGGCAGGAACUACCUCUCAUGGGUGUUGGAUGCUGAAAUCCACCUUGAUGCAAUGGGUCUUGGAGACACCAUAAAAGAAGAAAAUAAGGCAUCAAAUCAAAACUGUGCACGAGCAAUGAUAUUCUUGUGUCAUCAUCUUGACGAGAUUCUGAAAAUCGAAUAUCUGACAGUUAAGGAUCCACUUGUUUUGUGGAAAAACCUAAAAGAAAGAUUUGACCACUUGAAGAUGGUCAUACGUCCAAAGGCACCAUAUGAUUGGAUGCAUCUAAGGCUACAAGACUUUAAGUCUAUACAUGAGUAUAAUUCUGCCAUGUUCAGAAUCACUUCUCAAUUGAAAUUAUGUGGAGAAACGGUUAGUGAGAUUGAUAUGACGGGAAAGACAUUCUCCACUUUCCAUGCCUCGAAUGUGCUCUUGCAGCAACAAUAUCGAGAGAAAGGUUUCAAAAAGUAUUCUGAACUAAUUUAUCAUCUUCUUGUGGCCGAGCAAAAUAAUGAUUUAUUAUUGAAAAAUUAUGAGAAUCGGCCUACUGGAUCUGAACCACUUCCUGAAGUGAAUGAGGCGUACGCCCACCAUGCUAGGCGUGGAAAGGUCGCAAUCCUAAUCGUAGACGUGGACGUGGACGUGAUCGUGGACGUGGUCGUGGACGUGAUCGUGGACGUGGUCGUGGUCAUGAUUAUGGUCCAGAACCUUUAUCCGAAAAAGAGGUAA